AGUCUUCUUCAAAACGUGUUGACAGCAGUCUGCCACCUACAGGUCUCAGUUCAGUCGACGAAAUGAAUGCUAUGAAAAAAGGGUGGCUAUUGUGGCUGGUAUUUUCAGUGGAUAAACACUUCCAGUGAUUAAACGUUCAGCAGGAAGGAAUCGUCUCGGAAGAUAAACAGAGAACAAAGAACAAGAGUGUGACAAACCUUUCUUAGAUUGUAUUUUAAGGUCAAAAUUUAAAAUGUAAUUACAAUUUAAAACGUUAUUUAUUUAAAUGUGAUAGAAUUGAUAAAAAAUACUCACUGGAUAGAAGACAGGGAUUAAUGCCUGAGGUUACAUGUGACAUGAAAUAAUCUCUCUGUAUUAGCCUGUUAGCAGCAGCUAGUAAGUACAACUUCCUGCUGCUGCCCUCACCGGGCUAACAUGAGUCUGAACAUGGGAUAUUAAUAUUACUCAUGAGCCUUAUAAACACAAACGCGGAUUCUUCAAUGCAGACAUUUAUCUGAUCAAUGGACUCUGAGUGUGAGACUGGGUGACAUUAUCAUCAUGCCGUCAGCGAAGGUGCUGAAGAAUACCCAGUACAUUGAAUUGGGCAGUUACCAGUACUGGCCUGUUCUGGUGCCCAGAGGAAUCCGCCUGUACACUUACGAGCAGGUUCCGGGAUUCCUAAGGGAAAAUCCUUAUAUCACUGAUGGAUACAGAGCCUAUCUGACCUCUAGACUGUGCAUUAAAAGCCUUUUCAUUUUGUCCAAUGAGACGGUAAACAUCUGGAGUCAUCUGUUGGGGUUCUUCCUGUUCUUCAUGCUGGGAGUUUAUGACUUGGUGGUGGUGUUGCCGAUGUUAGGAGCUUCCAGAGAAGACUAUGUCAUCUAUUCCAUAGUCCUCUUUUGCUUCCAGGUGUGCAUGCUGUGUUCUGUGGGCUAUCACCUGUUCUGCUGCCACCGAUCCGAAAAAAAUAGCCGCCGAUGGAUGGCGCUGGACUACGCUGGGAUCUCCAUCGGAAUCAUAGGCUGCUACGUUCCAGGAGUGUUCUACGCAUUCUACUGCAAUAACUACUGGCGGCAGGUGUACCUGGUAACCGUUCUGGCCAUGAUGCUGGCAGUGUUCUUUGCCCAGAUACACCCUCAUUACUUGACCAAGAAGUGGCAGAAGCUUCGCUCUGUUAUAUUCUGUGCUGUAGCGGGAUACGGCCUAAUCCCCACCUUUCAUUGGAUCUGGCUCAGUGGGGGUUUCAGCUCAGACAUAGUCCAGGAAUUUGUUCCCAGAGUGCUGAUAAUGUAUGUACUUGCUGUAGCUGCUAUCAUCUUCUACAUGUCCAAAGUUCCAGAGCGUUAUUUUCCAGGUCAGCUGAACUACUUGGGCUCCAGCCAUCAGGUCUGGCACAUAUUGGUGGUGCUCAUGUUCUACUGGUGGCAUCAGUCUGCACUUUUCAUAACCAACUACCGCCACUCUCACCCUUGCCCAGACUACCAUCUUCAUUCCUAGAGGAAUGUGGGAUCGGAGGAGCGCCACUGAAGACUGUUGUAUUUUAAAUGAUCUUCAAGCUUGAACACAUUCAGUGUUUAUGAAAUAUGAUUGCGAGGUGUUUUUUUUUUUUUUUUUCUUCAUUGUAAGCUAUUUUGACACACUUUUUUUUUUAUAUACAUUUUGUAUAAGUGCCUAGAUGUCAGUCUAAAUACAAAUUAUAGGCACUUGAUAAGGUAAGCAGUGUUAGGCUUUUAAAAGCACUUUUAAAAAUCAAGGUGAAGCACUAUUUUACAUCAUCUGCAUGCGUGGGUUUCUACAUCUCUAAAAAUGUAGUACAUGGGUCACAUGCAAGCUGUGGGGUAAAGCAUAUUCACUGAAGCAGUCAGUGUUAUAUCUGUUCAAUAGUAUGUUGUUUACGGUUUGUAUUUUAACCUAAAAUUCAACGAUUCACAAGCUUAAUAGUACCAUGUUUCGAUUUGUUUUGUGUUUGUGUGAACAUGAAUUUUUAAAAAAUGAAUACAACAUUCAGUCUAAAUGAGACUUUUAGUUAGUCUUAUUUUCAACAUUGAAUAAACCAAAGAGAUUUGUUCAGAAUUAGUGAAAUAAGCAAAUUUCUUAAAAUGGUGAAAAUCAUAUUUUGCAGGUUGCCGCACAAGCAUCUCCAUGUUGUAAACGCAUCAGGAUUAUUUGUAUCGAUGUAGGCUGGUGACUUUUUAUUUACCUUUUGUUUAGUUUAUCACUACUAAUGGCAAUUUAAAAAUUCUCCCAUGCUAUUAAUGCAUUUAAUACUACUCUGUAUAUUGCAUUUCAGAAGUUUGUAAUCUCAGUUUAACUAUCACGUCACUAAGUUAGGACUGUAAUGUGAAAUACAGCUACAUGUUUUCAGUACAUUUUCUGCCUUACAUCCGUGAAUUGUACAGCCAUGCAAUUUUUUCAGUGCUUUUUAUGGUAGAGUGACGUGCUGUUGUCAUUUUUGUUAGCUGUUGUUGAUUCAUGAGGCUUCAUAAUGUAACACUUUUAACUUAUUUUUUUACCAUGUUGGUAAUUUUUUGGGAUAUGCGUUUCUAUAGUACAGCUGAAUAAACUUUCACUUGUCCUUUUCAA